GUAAAAUAUUUUAAAAUUGAAAAUGCCAUCUAGUCAGCUUAUAUUUCUCCUUUUUCUACUUAUUGGUGAUCUUUCGAUUCAGUGAUUAUUUUGGAUUACCGAAUCCAUCAACUCACACAAAUCUCGUUGUAAUGAUUCUCACAUUAAAGUUACCUGGAUUAGCAUUCGAAAUCAAUUCGGCGGCUACAGCACCAAGCAAUGAUAUUCAAGGAGCAAAUUCAGAUGCAUUCAAAAAAAUCGCCUUUAUGGAUGUGAUACAUUACAGUUUUAGUUAUAUGGGUGUUUUAACAGGUCCAUACUACCGUUACAGGACAUAUUGGGAUUCUCUACAUAGACCAUUCUCUAAUUACGUUGAUCCGUGGCCGCACACUUAUUACAAACUAAAACAGAUUGUAGCGUUUAUCGCGCUCUUUCUAAUAAUGAGUCAUCUGUUUCCCAGCGAUUAUACGCAAACAAUAGAAUUUGAAGAACUCAGUUUUCUCUUUAGAUUUCUUUAUAUGUAUCCCACUUUCGCCUGUUUUCGAUUGAGAAUGUAUAUUGGUAUGUCUCUGGCUGAAUGCGUCUGUCAAAUGUCAGGACUAGGAGCUUACCCGGUUUGCUGUCAAUCUGCACCUGGUCGGGGUCCGCGCGAUUACAAAACAGUUGAAAAGCUGUCCUUUGAUCAUAAAAGAGCGAGAAUGGAGGUGCAAGAUUUUGAAACGGUGCAUAACAUGAACGUAUGGCAAGUGGAAUCUUCUCCAUUUGUUAGACAUACAAUGAAAAUAUGGAAUACGUGCAUACAAUAUUGGAUGGCUGUAUGCAUUUAUAAAAGAUUCCCCUAUAAAAGUUUAAGAACUGUCGUUACAUUGACUCUCUCCGCUCUAUGGCACGGUUACGCUGCAGGCUAUUAUUUUUGCAUCUGUCAAGUUCCACUUUAUUUAUCUUUUGAGGAUAUCUGCGUUAAAUUUUACAACCAAUGUGAAGAGAACGGAUUUGUGAGUUGCUCAUAUAUAAUAAUUUUAGAUAUAUCAUAUAUAGGGGAAAGUAGGGUAAAACCAGAUACUUUUUUGGAUUAGUCUUCCUAUAAAAAAUCAGAGGGCGAAAAAAAUUCUACUGACCGUUAGUAGUGUUUAGUGGAUCUUGAACUAUGAGGAAAUGAGGCUAGUUGCCGAAAAAAAAUAUUUAGUUACCAAUGAUAACAAGAUUUUUUGAAGAAGUCAAAACACCCGGUUUUGUCCCACUGGUAGGGUAAAAUCAGGUACCUAUUUAAAAGCAUGUAAAACGCUGUGCAAUUACGAA